GCUGGAGGUUUAACUUGCAAAGUGUUUGCGACGAAGAACGAGCGGGAAUCGAAAACACCCGUUAUACCUAUACCAUAAAAGUUCAUAUAGCGACAGUUCUGGAACGCGAAGGUAAUGUGCUCUAAACUGACAUAUCGUCAUGACGCGUCGCUGGUAGUAUUGUGUUGACCAGUCAUCAGAUCGAACUACGUUCUCAAUCGGUCAUUUUACCUGACGGAGAGUUGUGACAAGUAAACCCACGUCGCAGAUGUUGUAAGACCUAGAAUGGUAGUAAGAGGAAAAUGAGGUUUACGACGGGUCAAGACCUAGGGGACCGGGCUGAACUCGGUCACGAUCGACUCCCCAACGAAUUGAACAAGAGUAUGAUGGCUGCUACAAACUGCGCUGAACCUGUUGAUGUUAAAUAUACCGAAGAAGGGUCCAUGAUAUCAAACUUGCCGUUGCUCUUUGCGAACGGCUACCCAACCUCCUUGGAAACAAUUACCCUGCCGCAGCUGGAACGCUUCAUCACAUUCAUGGUCCAGUGUUCCUUUGGCCAUGACACUGCCAAAGUGAUCAAAGAACCACAGUGGUGGCCUAAAGAGAUAAAAUUCACGAAUCCCUUUGUACGCCCUCGUAAAAUAGAUCAGGAGAACUGGAUGGCAAACUUAAAAAAAUUGGUCUUUAGAUGCUAUACGUACCACCGGAGCGAAUAUUUGCUCCGGUUUUGCUCCCACCUCGCUCAGCAUCCUCACGAUCAACUCGAGUACGUUGAUAACUGGGAUUCUACGACCAGUUUGUACCACAGAAGUACCGGAAAACUCCUCGUCACAUUCCGCAAUGAGAAUAUGAACUAUGACAAAAAAAUCGAAAGCCCUCGUCGGCUUUUACUCCCCAGAAACAGCGGGGGUUCCAUUACUGCAGGAAAAAUAAAACAGCAAAAGAAACAACCUCAGGCUAUGGUACAACCCGUACUUUGCGACGACAUUUAUCUCUGCGAUAACUGCGACGCGGAGUUCGAUGGGCUGACAAAAAUGAAGGAACAUGAAAAGCUCUGCUGCGAUCAAGAACAAAGUAGUGGAAGUUCGCGGCCAGUGUCACCCGAAAUUUCCGGGGCCCCCCAAGUCGUUCAGAAUCAGUUCCUCGAAUAUUUCGGAUUGUCUUCAAACGAUGCGGAAAAAAUGCCAAAAGAAUCCUCCGCCGAAUCCCUGACGAAGACGGAUGUCACUCGGACUUCGAGAAGAAUAAGAGGGUCUGUGAACCUAGCGCGAUGUCCGACUAUCCCAUUCUCGUCGCCGGCUGGUAUUGCGAUGGCAAAAAAAUCCCGAACAAUGACUGAAGUAACGCAACAAGAAAGACUCGACAGAAUAGAACGAUAUCUAAUUGCUCCGCCGCUAAGCAACGGACCCAGACCCCGAUGGCUCGACAGAGUAAGCGACGACGGCGUUCGAUGGAUCGUUACUCAUAAGCCAAAUCGUGACAAACCACCACCUCAGGACGACCACGUACACGAGUACAAGUUCAAUUCGUUCAGAGGAAAACCUAUGCUGAGCAUUCGCUCGCAAAUUUUAUGCGUGGCGUGUCGCAAGGCAAUUGUACCGAUAACAAUGCUAACGCCUCAACGAAUCGACGAGUUAAAAAAGAAUCCUUACAAAUACCUUCUCCCGAAUCGAAAAAAACAUAUUCUGGUGGGACCGAGACCGGCCCCAAAAUCGAAACGUCGAGUAGCCGGUAAUCAUCGAGUAACAUUGAAGCGAAAAUAUCCGGGCAGCGUGAAUUGCCCGAUGAUAAUGGACGUCGAAGAAUCUCGUACUCCCACGUGUGUCCCGGCACCUCAAAGUUCCGAAAUAGAAAAGUUGGGAAACGAAAGUGAAGCGAUCGGCCACCCACGUCUGAAAUCGCCAACGGAAACGGAGGCGAGAACUUCGCUGUCUGAAACUGGAAGCCAAAAUCGAGACUCGAUAUCGAGUCGUCCCUGGACUCCGUCUGUGAUAAAAGUUUCCAAACCCCCUCAGGAUUCCAUGAAAAAUCAGCCUCCAUCGGAUAAAAAGGAAAUAGUAGCCGUUAUCGACCUAUGUUCUUCCGACGACGAGGAUCAUCCGAACGGCGUUAAAUCAGCGCGUACUCAUGACGAAAAUUCGAAUCGAAUGAACCGAGAUACGAAAAACGUGAGUUCAACGAUAUUAACGAACUAUAUUCAAAAGAACAUUAAUGUUAGUCCCCGCGUUUAUCCCACGAAUUCCGCAAACGGUUGGCUAAAAAGGAUAGCCGAACCGUGUUCAGGCCUAUUCGAAUAAACCGACAACGAUCGUCGACCGAUUUAUCCUUUUAAAAAGAAAAAAAAAAGCACUAUGCAUGUGUUCAUAAAAAAUCACCCUUCGAUUAUUCGUCGUCGCGCAGAUCACGGGGCUGUGAAAAUAUUUAGAAAGAAAAAAAAAAAAGAAGAAAUUGAAUGAUUCAUAAAUGCAAAAAAAAAAAAACAAAAAAAAAACAAUCUUGAACGAUACACAUUGUAUAUCUCAUUGGAUCUUUUCAUUUCUCAACUUCACGUAUAUAAGUUUAAUAAUCAUUAUAUCGUUCUUCGCACAAUAUAAUCAUUUUCAUCAUACAUAUAUAUUCUAUAAUCUUACUUGCAGGAUGCGCUUACAAAUCAGAAGAAAAGAAAAAAAAAAAAUGAAUAUAUUUAUGAAACCUCGCGUAAGACUUGUUGA